UUCGAUGUACAUUGCUGGAGUGUAGUGAACCGAGUUACACAACAGGAAGCUCAGAAACGGAACAAGACGCUAAGAAGUCUGCUGUAUGAAGCCACUGAGGUCAUAAUAAAGCAAAGGCUGGGUUUCUGUCUCCACCUCCACAUCUCAAGUAUAUAAAUAUCAAGACAGACGAUUUUGAGACAGCAAAGGAAGUCUAUCUUUACAAGUCAUUUCUCCAGAGGUAAUUUGUGUUCGCUGCUGUUUGACAGGCAAGCGUCAUACUCUUAUCACCAGAUUCUGACUAACACACUGACUCUAUCCCUUCUUCCUUCCUCAAUAUUGUUGUGAUGGAUAAAAAUAGCAGCUUGGUUUGGUUUUUAACUAUUUCCUUUUUUUCAGCGUUGUAACAUCAAACAACAAUGGCAGAUGCAAGCUUUCAACAGGAGUUCCUGGAAUCGCACAACAACUACAGAGCUCAGCACAAUACACCGCCUCUGACUCUUAACAGCGAGCUUAAUGCAGCGGCUCAGAGAUGGGCGGAUCGCUUGCUGGCUUUGGGUGCUAUACAGCACAGCGGCAGCAGUGAUGGAGAGAAUAUUUAUUACAAGUGGAGUUCGGCGCCCAUUAAACUCACAGGGAAGGAAGCGGUCGAUUCGUGGUAUGAUGAAAUCAAGCAUUACAACUGGAGCUACCCAGGAUUUAGUGGCAACACAGGUCAUUUUACUCAGGUUGUGUGGAAAGCAAGCACCGAACUUGGAGUGGGGAUGGCCACAGAUGGUAACAAGGUUAUUGUUGUUGGGCAGUAUCGACCAGCAGGCAACAUCAGCAUAAGCCAAUACUUCAGGGAAAAUGUUCUCCCACGAGAUGGUGGAGAAUCCAGUGGAGCACCCAGUGGAGCAGAAGAGCAACCAAGGAAUACCUGUACAACGUUUUAGAAAACCUGGAGCGCCUUGCACUACUGUAGCAGGACAUAGACGGCUCAAUCAGGAUUAUAACCUAAUGCUUGUACAACUUGGUAUAAAGACUUGCUUUUUGUGCAUAACAUGUAUUGAAAAUAUAUUUAGUAACAUUACAGUACAUCUACUUAUUGGAGUUUGAGAAAUAAAUCAGCUCGAACAAAC